GACGAGCCAACGAGCAAAUUGUCAAACAAGUCCGAAAUUGUACCAACACGGCGGAAUGAAGCCAUGAGCUAAAAUAUAGUCUCUACGGGAAAAAGUUGGGAGUUUAUGUUUGCGGGGUUUUUACAAAAUGACGAACGAUAAGUUUGGCGACACCCUCGGAGGCAGCACACUCAGUAAAGCGAAACGGGCUAGCGGACUAGCUAGCUAACUGCUAACUUCAUGCCGUCUGUGUAGCAUUGGGUACGACAGCCUGGUUUUAUUGUCAAACAUCGGACAUCUGUGUUUAACAAGCUUGCCCAUAUUCGCCUGGAGGGAGUCCGGCUGCUUAAAAAGGGACACCAUGGAACACAAGGACAAAGUGCAGAUGAGGAGUCACCCACGAAGACAAUUGAAAAAAUUAAGUGAAGACAGUUUGACUAAGCAGCCUGAGGAAGUCUUUGAUGUCUUGGAGAAGCUUGGUGAAGGGUCAUAUGGCAGUGUUUUUAAGGCGCAUUAUAAGGAGACCGGGGAGAUUGUGGCUAUCAAACAGGUCCCUGUAGAAUCUGACCUUCAGGAAAUCAUCAAAGAGAUUUCCAUCAUGCAGCAGUGCAACAGUCCCCAUGUAGUACGAUACUAUGGCAGCUACUUCAAGAACAGUGACCUUUGGAUUGUUAUGGAGUAUUGUGGAGCAGGAUCGGUGUCUGACAUUUUACGACUACGCAACAAAACGCUAACAGAAGAGGAGAUUGCUGCCAUUCUACAAUUUACUCUAAAAGGCUUGGAGUACCUCCACUUUAUGAGAAAGAUCCACAGAGACAUCAAGGCAGGCAACAUCUUGCUGAACACUGAGGGCCAGGCCAAACUGGCUGACUUUGGAGUUGCAGGACAACUCACAGACACCAUGGCGAAGCGUAACACCGUGAUCGGCACACCAUUCUGGAUGGCCCCAGAGGUCAUACAAGAGAUUGGCUACAACUGUGUUGCUGACAUAUGGUCUCUGGGAAUAACGGCAAUAGAGAUGGCUGAGGGGAAACCACCCUAUGCAGACAUACACCCGAUGAGGGCCAUUUUCAUGAUCCCCACCAACCCUCCCCCAACAUUCCGGACCCCAAAGCUGUGGUCCUCAUCAUUCCAAGAAUUUGUGAGUCAGUGUUUGGUCAAGAACCCUGAAAACAGAGCCACAGCGACACAGUUACUGCAGCACCCAUUUAUCAGGUCAGCCAAGCCCAGCUCCAUCAAAGUCUUGGUCACAGAUGCCAUGGAGAUCAAACUGAAGAGACAGGAAGAGGCAGAGCAAAGGGAACAAGAUGCAGAGGAUGAUGACAAUUCGGAUGAGGAUGAGGUCGAUCAGAGCACCAUGGUUCGCUCAGCGACUGGUGACUCUGGGACCAUCCGGGCCGUGGGUUCUCCCGCAGGGUCAUUAAGUAGCACAGCACACACCAUGAUUGAACACGAAGACACUGGAACCAUGGUGUCGCAGCUUGGCACCAUGGUCAUCAACUCUGAUGAAGAGGAUGAGGAAGAGGCUGGCACAAUGAAAAGGAGAGAUGAGACGAUGCAGCCAGCCAAGCCCUCUUUCCUCGAGUACUUUGAGCAAAAGGAGAAGGAGGCCAACAAUCGGAACGAUGGCAUUAGCGGGGGAGAGAACAAGGCAGAUAACCGCAAACACCCUGCUGAAGGAGACCUGGAAGUGAUGCGAACAUGGACGGUGGAGGAGUUGCGUUUGCGCCUGGCCUCCCUGGACCCUCAGAUGGAGCAGGAGAUUGAGGAAAUCCGGCAGCGCUACCAAUCCAAGAGACAGCCCAUCCUGGAUGCCAUUGAGGCCAAGAAACGAAGGCAACAGAACUUCUGAGAUGGCCUGUCUAAGACAACUAACAUCAUGUUAAACUUCUGAGCUUUUUAUGUUCUUCUAAGGAAUUCUUUAAAUAUCCCUAAGACAGGUGAGGUGUUGAAAAAUUGUGGAUCAAAGGUUCUCCUGGAAUGUCUUACAAAAUGUCAACAAGACUGUUUUUGACAUUUCUCCAUAACCACUUCUCAUAAGGUGACAGAUGUGGAUUUUUUGUGUGCCCUGUAACAGUUUGCAAAAUGUCAGUUAAGCUUCUCUGUGUUGACAAUGACAGCUUGCCUGGUGUAAGUACAACAGCCUGUCUUCUUGGUUGCAACUCGGAAAACUGCACCAGGCUGUUUUUCACUUGGUGUGAAGCCACUGAAAUCUUUAAACUUGGAGAAGUACAAUAUGUUCAAAGAACUUGCAAAGAUCUUUGUUCUAGAAAUUCCUGGUGGAAUCUGGUGCCUCCACUACACCUCAAGAUACUUAUUUCAUCUGUUGUGCCGCAUGGAAAAUGUCUGGGGACUUUUUUAAUGACCAGGUAUGAAAGGACAAAUGAGAAAGUGCUUUCCAAAACCCCCAAAAGUUCUCUGGAAUUUGCUGUCUGCCAGUUAGCUUUGUCUGUAUCUAUGGUCAGUGAUUAUGGAAGGGCACUUCCAUAGUAUUUUUUUUUAAUCAACACAUUUGUAUGGUACAAUGUUAUUUACUUCUUUUGUUCACAUUUGGUACUGCUGAAUCAAUCUACUGUCUAUUAACUUACUGGUGGUAAACAUUGCUGAUUUACUUUUUAUUUAGUUUCUCCUAAGGUCUUGAAAGACAUGGAAAAUUCAUCUAAUUCUCUUCAGAUCUCCAAAAGUUUAGGAACUACUCAAAAAAAGUUUGUAAAAAUACUGUUAUCUCCUACCAACAACUAUAUAUGGUUUUGUUGUGGGUCUGAUGUCAUUUAAUAUGUUUGCUGUAUGGAUCAGGUUUUAUUAACUCGAUUUGUAGUAAUAUACACCAUUGACUGCUAAUCAAACCGUUCAAAUGUGAUCCAAGAAAUUAAGGCCUGGGAAAACUGAGGAUUGAAAUACGCGUUUGAAUCCAGCUUAAAGUGUCAGCUGUUGCGGAAUUCGCUAACCAGACAAAAGAUGAGGUUAUAUUUGUUGAUCCAUUAUAGGAAACAGGAUGCCCAUUUCUGUUUAGGUUGUCACUUAAGGAUGACAGCUCUAUUUGUGAUAUCAGGUACCUGUUCCUUUCUUUUCUAGUUCCACAUUCAACAGUAGCCAUUGUAGAUGUCCCUGAUAGUGUAUCUGUGCAUAUAAAUGAUAGCACACAAAAAACAACAACAACAAAUGUCUCAACCAUUUAGAAACUAGAAAUUUGGUUGCAUUAGGUAAAAAGACAGCCAAGCAUCCUCAUGUAAGUUUGCCAUCGAGCCCUAAAGCAAGUAGUAGGUCAAAGGGUAGGGAUUUCUACAAUGUCUACCUCUGUACAAACAAUAAGGUUGAAUUACAAAAACAAAGGCAAUGCUAACUUUGCCUUUGCCAGCAGUUUUAAGAUAUGGUGUGCGUGCAUGUGUUUGUUUCUCAAGAAAUGAAAUCUCAACUCUUAAUUUUUCCAAGUUUAAGUCAUUGGCAGUAUAUCCAAAUUAUAUAUAAAAAAAGGAUUUGUUUCGCUAAAAUGUUUGCUUAUGCUCUCAAGGGCAUGCCAUUCCCAUCGUCCACCUCAAAUCUCUCACCAGGGAGGUUCCAGAUGAAUGUCCAAUACAUGAAAUUAAUUCAGCUUAGCUGGAGUUCAUGUUUUUGAAUGUGCUGAUUUUUGAAACUUGAAAAAGGUCAUUAAGGGAAUGGGACCACAUUCUUUUUAGAGUCGACUUCAUUGCACUUGAGAUUUUGCUUUGUGUUUUACCUCGGUGCACUUAUCAGUAUUUCACCUGUCAAUAUUGUUCUGUUCUUGUUUUUCUUUAUUGUCCCCAUGUUAAACAUUGACCUGGGUUGUAGAAUUCCUAGAAUGAGCCUAACCAAGCCCACAUGUCACAGAUUUGGUGUGGUUCUGGCAGGAGGUGACCAACUGGGUUGUUAAAUUUUACAAAUAACAUUCGCUCAUGUCUGGUGUACAUUUGUUCAGUCCAUUUCAAAGAGCAGCUGGACCACUUUUUUUUUUCCUUCAGUAUAUGUUCAGCACAAUGCCUAAGGGACAAUUUUUAUAGCUACAUUCAAUUGUUACAGUCAGUUGGGGGGCUGGCAUCAACAUUUUGUGUUGGUCAUAGGAAUGUGCAGCAUCAUGCAAACAACUUCUCAGGUCAUGAAACUCCUCAGGUGUGUAAUAUUAACGACAUUUGUCAUGAGAAAUUCACUGUAGAUAGUUGAGGAGUCCCUCACACACAGGGCCAUGUGUGUAUGUUAGGACCGUAGGGUUGCUGUUUGUAGAUUGUGUUAAUAUGCAGAGAUGAAUUCCAGAGUUUCAUUGCAAAGUGUUAACUAUUUUCACAAGAGGUUAACUGUGACAACCAACUGCCAAAAACAAGAGAGCACAAAAACUCACAUGGCUCAAAUUUAUGGUAAAAAUCAACAUUAGAUAUUGUUGACAUUUUUUGUUAUUUGACUUGGAUAAUGCUGUCUUGUGAUGAAUACAUCAGAUGUGCUCUUUUCCAAGUUGAGCAAUACAUUUCAGUCUGAAGUCCUUUGUCAAAAUCGAUAUAUGGCAUUUUAGAGUAAAGUCCUUCAGUCGAAACAUAUUUUAAUGUUGAGAAGUCUGGGCUAUGAAUCAUGCAGUGAAUUAUUUUGGUGUCCCGGUGUGCUGGACUGCCUGUCGUUUUCUGCAGAGUAAUGAUUUAUAAUGAGCACAAAUUAGUUUAUUUCUCUUAAAAGGUAACUCAUUACAAGGGGAAGCAGAGGGAAUUGACCUUCCCUGUCUUAUUUUGUCAAUCUGGAUGUACUACUGAUGUUUUUAUUUGUUUAUUUUUAACAGUUAUCCAAUCAAUAUGCUGUCGUUACUUGAUUUUGUUUGUGUAUUUCUUUGAGAAAAAGUGACAUUGUACAAUGUGAUAGAGCUGGACUGAUUUAUUUAUUAGUUUAAAAUCUGUCAUUGAAAGUGUUGCAUAUACUAUUUGUGUCGAGUGAGGAAUGUCGUUUACUGUUCAACAACGAGGCGUCAGGACUGAGUAGUAAUCACUGGAGAACACUGUAACCCAGGUCAUAUUAACAAGCCUGACGUGAAAUCGGUUUGCCUUUCAGCCAGAAAUAACAUGUACUUUGUAGCUUUCCACACAGGAUCAACUCCCUGUUAUUUAUACAGACCGUGUUACGAUAUUUGGGUAGUCAAUACUGUGUUCCCAUUGGGCCUUACUUGAUGUGCCUUUCUUCUUCACUGCUUCCUCAAGUCGAACUGUUUCAAAUCGACAAACACUUUUAAAGUGACACGCAAGCCUGAUGUGAUCAUAUGAGAUUUUGUAAACUCUUGACACAAAUUGCAUUGUUGUCUUCAACACACCUCACCCAUCCAGUCCCAAGUUAGGCUACAACAAAUCAAUAAAGAUUUUUUUCGCAUACUAAAUUGUGCAGAUCUGUAGUUAAAUUACCUAAUUUCAUGAUCCACUGUGUAAAUGUGCUCACCCGUUGUGUACAGGCGGGCCUGAUCGAGGAAAGGUGAUAAAGAAGGGUGAAAGUGAGAUGAGUUUUGGGGCAUCCGGGUAGCGUAGCGGUCUGUUCCGUUGCCUACUAACACGAGAUCGCCGGUUCGAAUCCCCGUGUUACCUUCGGCUUGGUCGGGCGUCCCUACAGACACAAUUUGCUGUGUCUGCUGGUGGGAAGCAGGAUGUGGGUAUGUGUCCUGGUCGCUGCACUAGCGGCUCCUCUGGUUAGUCGGGGGGACUGGGGGGAACAGCGU